AUGACUGACAAGGACGCUGCGGUGAUGCACCUGGAAGACCAGCCAGGCCAUGGACUAUCUAGCGACGAUGCUGAGUUUCUGUCUAACUUCACGGAAGAGGCGAAGAGAAAAGUCAUCAAAAAGGUCGAUAUGCGAUUGGUCCCUAUGUUUGUUCUCCUCUACUUGGUUGCAUACAUUGACAAGACAAACAUCGGAAAUGCUAAAAUCGAGGGCCUGCUUCCAAGUCUUCACAUGAGUGGAAUGCAGUACAACAUUGCCCUGUCUAUCUUCUUUAUACCUUAUGUUCUUGCAGAGGUGCCGAGCAAUAUACUGCUGAAUCGUCUCAAGCGACCGUCACAAUAUUUGGGAUUUUUGAUCUUCUGCUGGGGUGUUAUCAUGCUUUGCACGGGCUUCGUUCAAAAUUUCGCCGGCCUGGUGGUCAUUCGUUUCCUGCUUGGUCUUUUCGAAGCUGGCUUUCUACCCGGCGCUGUGCUGGUGAUAUCAAAGUGGUAUCUCCCAAAUGAAACACAAACUCGCAUCGCUAUUCUGUAUACGUCUGCUGCCUCGGGUGGUGCCUUCUCUGGCUUGCUGGCAUACGCUAUUGCCAAAAUGAACGGCGUAGCAGGGUAUGAAGGUUGGCGUUGGAUAUUCAUAAUCGAGGGCCUUGCAACCAUCGCAAUGGCUGUCGCUUGUUACUUACUCCUCCUGGAUUCUCCAUCUUUGUCUCCAGGGUGGUUGAGUCCCAAUGAGAUACGAUACCUUGAAGUCCGCCAACAGGCAUCCAGUGCACAUAGCAGUCACCACGAAGGUUUCAGCAAACGAAUACUUUGGAGCGUUCUGACCGACUGGAAGAUAUACCUUCUGAUCCUGGCCAAUUGGUCUAACGCAGUCCCGAACUACGCCCUGAAAUUCAAUAUGCCUGAAGUGAUCCAAUCCAUGGGUUACAAAUCAGCGAACGCGCAACUUCUGACCAUACCCCCAUAUGCAGUUGGAGCGCUAUCAGCGUAUGGCUUCUCGGUGUUCGCCGAUCGAUGUUCCUGGAGAAUGCCUUUCAUUCUAGUACCCCAGUGCUCACUGAUAGUCGCAUUCGCCAUCUUAUUCUCCAAAGCUGCCGAAAUCGAUGAUAACAUCGCGCUCUGCUACUUCGGCAUUUGCCUGGCCUGUUUUGGAAUGUACCCCAUCCUCCCAGGCGUCAACGCUUGGAACGUUUGCAACAUUCCAAAUCCCCAUAAGCGCGCUGUCGCCAUCGGGUAUCUUAUAUGUGUUGGCAAUGCCGGUGGUAUCAUUGGAAGCUACAUAUACAAAGCUGACGAGAAGCCACGGUAUCCCACUGGCUAUGGCACUUCGCUUGCCUUCACCGCCGCUGGAAUUAUAGCAACGCUGAGCUUGGAGUUCUUCUUGUGGAGUGCCAAUACGAGGAAUGCCAAGAUGUCGACAUCUGAGAUUGAGCUGAGUUAUACUGAGAAUCAGCUGCGCGAGAUGGAGGAGAGGAGUCCUCUUUUCAAAUAUACACUAUGA